AAUUUAUCCAGCAACACACAAUCACCCAUGCAUUAAACAUUAGUGAGUAAGUGAGUAAGGAGUAUAGAAUCAGCAGCACAAUUAAUAUAGACAGCUGCAAUUGUGAGGUAUUACUGCAACAUGGAAAAGAACCCUUGCUACGAGGACUAUACAGUGCCAGAGUACGAAGAAGUACCGGAGCUGAAAAACAAAGCGGCUGAACCAACUGAUGCCAGAGUUAAGAUGGCUGAGAGGAGCAUUGCAGACAACACAAACUUGCACGCUGCUGCAACUUCAAUUAAGAAGGAGACCAACUUGAAGGUUAAGUGCAUACAUGUAGUUUUUUCUCUCUCCAUAUUAACUGCCAUAGUAGCAGCAAUGGCAUUGUCUGUAUAUACUCUAGUGAGUUCUAACCAAGGCAUGAACAACUUGAUGCAAGAAAUUCAAGAGCUAAAGUUGCAAUUGAACAAGACAAAAGAAGCAAGUGAAGCAAACAUUGCACAACUAAUGAACGUAACUGAUAAUAGAUUCAUGACUCAAUUGAACAACCUAGAGUCUUCAGUGAGCUCUCUAAACACAGCCAAUGGAGCAACGAUGACUCAAUUGAACAACCUAGAGUCUUUAGUGAGCUCUCUAAACACAGCCAAUGAAGCAACGAUGACUCAAUUGAACAGCCUAGAGUCUUCAGUGAGCUCUCUAAACACAGCCAAUGGAGCAACCACGACUCAAUUGAACAGCCUACAGUCUUCAGUGGGCUCUCUAACCACUCGAGUCAACUCUCCAGUGAACCUCUAUCAGAACUGCAUCCAGGAGACAAGAAGCUGCACUCUAACACAAUCUGAUGAUGUGAACUGGAGAGCGUGUGGAACAACAACUCUACCAGUGGACAAAUCUGGAUACUACACACUGAGCAUGGCAUGUGAUUAUGACCUAGCAAUAGGGAGGUUGGGCACUAGCAUUCUUCGUCCAGCUGGGCCAGUUGUGUUCUGUUAUUGUUUGGUUACAUCCGUUCCUUCAUCAUCAGGAGUACAUGCAUCAUCAAACUUCCCUACACAUACCUGCACACUUGUCAUCACGAGGUGCCCCACCUCACAGAACAUUGUUUGAACAGUUAUGAGACUAUAUACAUUUACAAACAAUAGCAGCUAUAUAUAUAUAUAUGGGUCAGUGAGUACACUAGACCUAAUUUAGUAGUCAUUAUCAUUCACAUCAUGUUUAGCUUGAACAGCUAUUGGAACGUAGUAAAUAAUAACUAUAAUAAUUAUACCUGCUCUUAUUAAAUAAUUAUUACAUUGUAUCAAAACUGCAGUGAUUGAUGUACUAUUA